UUGAUAAAAGAAUUCAUUGUAAGCGAACGCGAUUCACCCGCACCGGGACCGACGGGUUUAUUGCGAGGAAGUUUUGUCUGUGUAUGCAUAUUUAGCGUAUGAAUCAACAACAUCAGCUGCGAAGCAGUGGCAGCAGCGCUGGAAUCGACAACCCAUCGGUGUACUUUGUGUGAGCACUAGAAGGGACGCAUUACUUGUGAAGCCAGUUGGAAAGAGGAGAUUAAUCGGCAGAACAAGAUCAUCGCAAACAAAUCGACCUGCCUCGUCUUGCGGUGACGAUGUUGGGCGUGGACGGUAGCACCCCGCACUAGAAGGGCAACUCCCUGCUGAAUCCAACCACAAAAACACUCACACAAGUGCCUACACGAGAGUAAAAAUCAACAUCGACAGGGAACGGGACGGGCAAUAUAAUUACAAUAAUGGUCGCAGCAAUCCGAUCGAUCGUUGAUGGUGGCCGAUUAGUACGAAACCUAUUCCCAACCUAUUAACGCAGUACCCCCAUAACGGAGGAGACCACUUUCUAUCGAAGGUGCAAAUUUGGGACAAUCCAAUUCGAUCGCCCUUUCCCAAUCACCGACAAGGCCUAACGGAAGAGAAGAUUGUAAAAAAAACAGCUAAGCAAUAACACGUCGACAAAGAAACGAAUCAAGUUUCGUAGACCAAAUGCAACCAGCAAGCAAUAGAAUUGACACCCGGACAUCUCUCUGUUGAGCUGACGUAUAAGAAGUAUACCCGAGCACCGAGAAGAACCGUGUGCCCCAAAGCAGAGUAUCGGCGGCACAGCAGCAAAACACAAUUGUGAAUUAUUAUCCUCGCAGCGCAGUGGCCCAACAGCAGAUGGCUUCGACGAAUAAAGAGGUCUACCAUGAAGGCUGGCUCAUCAAAUCGCCACCGACGAAACGUAUCUGGCGUGCGCGAUGGCGAAGGCGUUGGUUCACGCUCAAGCAGGGUGAGCUGCCCGGUCAGUUCUUUCUCGAGUACUACACCGACCGCAAAUGCCGUAAGCUGAAAGGCAUCAUCGAUCUCGACCAGUGCGAACAAGUGGACGCUGGGCUGCGGCUCGAUCGGCAGAAGGAAAAGUACGCACACAUGUUCGACGUGAAGACACCGACCCGUACCUACUAUCUGGCCGCGGACACCGAGGAAGACAUGCGCGGAUGGGUGAACUGUAUCUGCCAGGUGUGCAGCCUGCAGGAAACACAAACCGUCGACGAUCGGCCAUAUUACAAUAUCGGUGCAAUCAAUAUGACGGAUGCGGUUAACAUGGCGGACACGGUAGUCGAGACGAGACCACCAGCAAGAUCCACCAGUAACGGUGUCGCAAUAACAGCAACGGAAACGGACGUGUCGAACGAAACAGAAACCACCAUGCUGAAUCAUUCGGUGGCGGGUGAAGCAACAGCAGACCAGCAGUCGCAACCACAGCCUGCACAGUCGCAGCAAAAGCGCACCCCAGCAGCGUACAACCCAUACGGCACGUACCAGAACGAGGAAAUGAUGGGUUUCCGUUCGAUGGAUUACACCAACCGGGAGACGAUCAUCUGCGAGGCGAAGUUGGGUCUACCCGCAUCAAACGCGGCAGAAGCAUACUCCAAUUUGGACGUCAUUAUCGAACGCUCGCAGUCGCUGCGUGGUAAACCGAGCUCGAAAAGCGGUGAAUCGUCCUCUUCUCCGGCUACGAAUGGCAUUGGCACUGGUAGCCCGAUGGUACACCAUAUGCGCACACAAUCGCUUAAUAUUGAGCAGCAUCAACAGCAGCAACGCGGUGGAAAGAAAAUCCCGGAGAAUCUUAAGCUAUCCGAUCGAUCCCCGUCGACGAGUGCGUUCGAUAGUGGGCCGGAACAACCGUCCCCGGCGCUGAGCACCUCGUCCGGUCCGUACAUACCGAUCAGUGAGUGUUAUUCGGGCAGUCCGGUUACACCGCUGAAUUCGCUGGAUCCGCGGUUCUACGAGACACCGCGCAGUCACACCAACAUUGGCUUCAAUCUCGUCAACAAUGAGCAGCCGUACUCGCCAAAGAGAAACAACGUCGGCGGAGGACCGCUGGCAGCGACCGGUAAUGGUGGACCAUCGUCACUGGCGGUGACGAUGAAAGGAGUUGGACUACCGAUUAGUGGCAGCGGUAAAUCUAGUCCGUCCGAUUCGGAAAGUGUGUUUACGGAUGACGAAUGGACGGCAGCGGGAUCGCCGAGCGAUGGAACGCGGAGCGGAAAAGAGGGAGGUGGCCGUGGCGGUGGAGGUUCUAGUGGAAAAGGUGGAACGAUCGAUCGAAACACCCGUCCGUCGGAUAGCUCGAUCGAGAACGAUGCCGUCGGUUGGACGUAUGUGCAGCGCUUUUCCAAAGUGCCCAACACGGAGCAAUCGCAGGCUGCAACCGCUUCCGGCAAUGGAAGCGGCUUGGUGGCUACUGCGGCCGGUGCACCACCGAGACCACCCAAGCGAACGAGCAUGAACUUGGAGGGCAUCGAAAAAACCAAGGAUCUUAUAUCUUCCGACACGGAAAAUGUUUCCCCUGCCAUCGGACCGAGAGAAGCUAGUGCGCAUAUCGAACAAUUCUACGAUAUUCCACGAUCUCAUCAGCAUCCGUAUACCGGCAGCAGUAUGCAUCUGCCCGAUGGGGAUUUGCUCUCUCCGCUGAGUCAGUGUGAUCUGGUCGCUUCCAGCACACCGAACCUGAUCAGUGAUUUCGGUACCGGCAGUCAGUGCGGCACGCUCGGACGUCCACGGCCCCAUUGCUACACGAACGCAGCCCCAACAAAGGUGGAAGGCAAUGUGUUUCGGUUUGAUUUCAGCGAACAGGCUGAUUCAUCAGCGCCGGCCAUAAAUCGUCGCCUAAAACCACGCUCUUCGUUCGAUAUUACCAAAUCGGUCGAGUCUGUAACGCAGGGUGUUAAGCAACAGAUUUCUCUCGGUGGGAAUGGUUCCGCCACACCGGCUUCCGUGCCCAACAAUGCCUCCGGUAGUGGUGGACAACAAUCGGCCAAAAGUCCUCCAACGGUCGAUCGUACACGUAAACCGGCUACUCCAAAGAUCGGUACUAAUUCGAUGCGCCGAAAGGGUGGACCAGUUUCGUUGAAUCUUGCAUCGAAUCAAACGACCGAAAGCACGUAUGGUAACACCCAGGAUGCAAACAUUUCUUUGCUAUCCGUCAUAUCACCGCGAGCGGCCGGUAAAAAUGAGGAUCGCCUGCAGUAUCUUGAUCUAGACCAUUCGAACAGUCCGCAAAAAACGAACCAAAACACCAUCUACUCUGGUCCAAGCAGUAUCGGUGGUUAUGCUGGUGCGGGUGGAAAUAGUACCAACCAUCACCACAAUCAUCCCGUGGUGACUGCCAGUUCCUUAUCGCAUGAUAGCGGUGCAGGAUCGUCACGGCAUCAUCAUCAUCAUCGGGAUGGUGAUACGGGCACCGCAAAACCAACCGUUCAAACUAGCCGCACACCGUACACGACGGUUGAUUUCGUUAAAACCGAUGCCUUUAAUCGGGUACGCGCGGAUUCAGAACUAACGCGCGCUCAGUCACGUCUCAAGGAUCAAACGUCCUAAAUGUGGACGAGUCGCGCUACCAGAAAUGCGCUUUCCCCAGAAUGUAGUGUGUUCGUGACGGAGUGCGCGAGUGAAUGCGCUUAUUCAUAUCCACAUUCAAUCGUCUUCCGAAAUUCAUUAAGUGUCUAUCGUUUACGUUCACACUUAUUCGCAUUGUGAACUGCUUUUGCUAUUACCUUUCUGCAGAGAGAAAGCGAGAAAGAUAAGAUCCAACUAACUGUAGAGAAGAAGCAACAGGAAGAACAUAAACCGAAUGCGAACGAAUCAUAGCCAAGUGCAAUUAAUGCAAGCUCUGCCUUAACUUCUUCCUACUUCUUAAGCUUGUAGCGUUAUACAACUAUAAACUGGCAUUUAUCUUGAGAACAAAGAACGAAAAAAGGGGGAAAUCUCUUAAGAUGCUUUUAGCAACGGAAAAGAAUGAAUGUGAAUCGAAUAUUCACACAUGUCGCCUGUGAUUACAAAGCAAACGUGAACGGUGGGAAACAUGGAACUGGAUUUUAUUACAUGAUGGAGGCGAGCAAUUGAAAUAGAUAGAAAACGAAAGUAUUUACCAACAGGAUACGAGAAAGAGAGAGCAAGACAGGCAUUUAGACGAUCGAAUAGAUUAUUUCUUAUAUGAAAUGCAGGAAUGCUUUUAUUGUUAUGGGAAAAUUGAUUUAACUACAAGCAAAAGGAAAGCAAUUAGAUAAAAUGUUGCGCAAAAUGUAGGAAUAGGACAAAAUGCUAGCAUAAUUACGAUCGUAAACGCUAAUCGGAACGCACAAAACAACAAAGAAACAUUGGAUGAUUAAUAGCAGUAGCAAACAACAAAACUACAUAGCAGCGUUUAGCUUAGAUACGUUGUUUCCUAUCAAUAAUGGAACAGGAAAAAAACAAUUCCCAUUAAGCUACUUCUAAAACGAUAAGGCACACACCAGACUGUUUCUUUCGCAUUUUUUUAUACAUCUUUUAACGUUUUAACUUUUUGUAUCGCUUUUUGGCGAUAUUCUUCCAAUCUUGUGUCUUCACAUUUGUCUAUCUUUAUAUUUCCUUAUACUCCCGAGUGGUGUUUACGUUUUAAAAUGUUUCCCACUUUUACAUACUACUGAUGUAUUCCGUUUUCUCUACUAUUAUUAACUAAGCUUGUAAGCGUACACGAUUUAGGUAGAACUUCUAAACUGUUUACGUUUAAAAUGUUUCACGUAAAUAAAACAAUGCUAUGAGCUCACAGCAAAGCAGCAAAAGAAA